AGGAAUCAAAACGGUAAAAAGUACCAACUUCAGGGGCUACUUUUAUAACUGAAAACCUACUCUUGAACCAAAACAUGAAAUUUUUGUUGAUUUUCUUAAUAUUUUACAUUUCUUCAACUUCAACGUUUGCUAAAAAAUCUCAAGAUGAAAAGAAACCAGACUGGGCUAAAAAAGAUAUAAGAGAUUACACAGAUGCAGACAUGGAGAGACUGCUGGAUCAGUGGGAGGAAGAUGAAGAACCCCUUCCUGAAGAUGAACUACCUGAACAUCUUCGCCCCAUGCCACAACUGAAUCUCAAUGAAUUGAAUCCUGAUAACCCUGAGGAGCUUCUGCAAACUACCAAAAAAGGAAGAACCUUGAUGACAUUUGUUCAAGUUGUUGGGAAUCCAAGUAGGGAUGAAGCUGAAGAGAUAACCAAACUGUGGCAAACCAGUUUAUGGAACAAUCACAUCCAGGCUGAGAGGCCAUGGAAACUCCAUAAAGCUGCAGGCGAAACACUCAAAAAGUAUAGCUCAACAGAAUGGACAAAUUUGACUGAAAGGCCAAAGGUAAAAGUGACUGAUAUGCCACCAAUGAGUGAACCUGUUAAAGGUUUGCCUAGGCCGGUUUACAUAAAUUUUAAGGAAGAAAAUCAGCGGACAAAAGUCUCUGUUUUGUCAAAUGGACUGACUGUAGCUUCAGAGGAAAGAUUUGGGGAAUUUUGUACCGUUGGAGUUGUUGUUGACUCAGGUCCAAGAUAUGAAGUAGCAUAUCCUAGUGGAAUCUCUCAUUUUUUAGAAAAACUAGCAUUCAAUUCUACUAAGCACUACCCUAAUAGGGAUGACAUGAUUGAUAAACUGGAGAGACAUGGUGGCAUAUGUGACAGUCAGGCUUCCAGAGAUACAUUCAUAUAUGCUGCAUCUGCAUACACUUCUGGAUUGGAUGAUGUCAUUCAGCUGCUUUCUGAGGCUGCCCUGAGACCUCGCAUCACUGAUGAGGAAGUAGAAGUUGCCAGACAGGCUAUCAAUUUUGAGCUGGAAACUUUGAAUAUGAGACCUGAACAAGAAACUAUUUUGAUGGAUAUGAUCCAUGCGGCGGCGUACAAAGACAACACGUUAGGACUGGCCAAACUGUGUCCGGCAGAAAACCUCCCUAAAAUCGACAGAGAGAUGAUAUUCACGUACUUGAGCCACCACUAUACGCCCCAGAGGAUGGUGAUAGCUGGCGUAGGGGUGGACCAUCAAAAGCUGGUCGACACCGUGCAAAAGUACUUCGUGGAUGUCAAACCACUGUGGGAGUCCGAUCCGCACAUUGUGCACCACAGGAAAAAUUUGAAUACCGAUCAUAGUGUGGCACAAUAUACCGGAGGGAUGGUUCAGGAAGAAUGUGAUAUACCGCAGUUCGCUUCUGCCGGGCUGCCGGUUCUUUCGCACAUAGUCAUCGGCCUGGAGAGUUGCUCGCACCAGGACCAAGACUUCAUCGCUAUGUGCGUUCUGAACAUGAUGAUGGGUGGUGGGGGGUCGUUCAGUGCGGGGGGGCCCGGGAAAGGGAUGUUCACUAGGUUAUAUACGAAUGUUUUGAAUAGGUACCACUGGAUGUACAGUGCGACCGCUUACAACCACGCCUACGCCGACACAGGACUAUUUUGUAUUCACGCUAGCGCUCCUCCAACGCACGUCAGAGACAUGGUCGAGGUUAUCGUCAAAGAAUUGGUGGCGAUGACUGGAAAUGUGACCACGCAAGAAUUACAAAGAGCCAAAACGCAGCUGCAAUCGAUGUUGUUGAUGAACUUGGAAUCUAGGCCGGUGAUGUUCGAGGAUAUCGGCAGACAAGUAUUAGCAACAGGGCAACGUAAACGACCGAAGUAUUUUAUCAAUGAAAUAGAAAAAAUCACCAAGGAUGACAUUAUGUACGUUGCCAAGAGACUGCUGGGUUCGCAACCCUCGGUCGCCGGCAGGGGAGACCUGAGAAAAAUGCCCUCUUUGGAGUACAUCCAAGCCGGCUUGAUAGACAGCGAAGGGCGGAUGCCGAGCGGCAGGAAAUUAUCUUUGUUUAGGUAG